UUUAGUCUCAUGUCCUCUCAAUUCCCAUUCCCUAGUUUUAAUUCCCCCCAACCAAACAGGCUGCUAGUCUUCUUCAUGCUCCCACCUCCGCAAUAACUCUCACGCCUGCGGCGGGAACGACGUGGGCAGCCAAGAAAACGCCACACGAGCAGCCGCCACCGGUUAGGCCACCAGCGCAGCCCACGCCUACAAGAACCCCCAACCCUAACCGCAAUUGCUAGUUCCUCUUAGCUCUCCCACCACCAUUUCGUCUUCCUUCUCCUUCUUCUCUUCUUCCUCUCUUCCGUUCCGCGUAGACUGACCCAAGGAGCGGUCGGAUGGGUAGAUGGGAGGCGCUCGUCGCUAUUGCGGUCGUGGCGGUAUUUCUCGCGGCGGCGGCCGAGAAAGUGGACGCAGCGAAGGCGGCGGCCAAGGGGAAGUACCAAGCGCUGUUCAACUUCGGGGACUCUCUGGCUGACGCUGGCAAUCUGAUAGCAAACGGCGUCCCAGACAACCUCACCACGGCGAGGCUGCCUUACGGGCAGACCUACUUUGGCAAACCCACCGGCCGGUGCUCCGACGGCCGCCUAGUAAUCGACCACCUGGCACAAGAAUUCGGGCUGUCGCUGCCACCGCCGUCCAAGGCCAAUCACUCGGACUUCAAGCACGGCGCCAAUUUCGCCAUCACCGGCGCGACAGCGCUCGACACGCCCUACUUCGAAGUUAGGGGCCUCGGCGCGGUGGUCUGGAACUCCGGUGCCCUCAUGACCCAAAUCCAGUGGUUCCGUGAUCUCAAGCCUUUCUUGUGCAACUCCACCAAGGAAGAAUGCAAGGAGUUUUAUGCCAAUUCGCUGUUCGUUAUUGGCGAGUUUGGUGGCAACGACUACAAUGCGCCCUUGUUUGCAGGCAAGGGCCUUACAGAGGCCUACAAGUUCAUGCCGGAUGUCAUCCAGGGCAUCUCCGAUGGCGUCGAGGAAUUGAUCGCUGAGGGGGCAGCGGAUCUUAUUGUGCCAGGGGUGAUGCCCACUGGGUGCUUCCCCGUGUACUUGAAUAUGCUGGAUAUGCCAGCCCAUGAGUAUGGCUCCCAGAGCGGGUGCAUCCGUCAGUACAACACGUUCUCAUGGGUGCACAAUGAACAUCUCAAGAGAGCACUAGAGAAGCUCCGGCCCAAGUAUCCCAAUGUGCGGAUCAUAUACGGCGACUACUACACACCAGUUGUCCAGUUCAUUCUUCAACCUGAGAAGUUUGGAUUUUACAAGCAGUUACCUAGGGCAUGUUGUGGGUCUCCUGGGUCUGUUGCCAAAGCCGUUCACAACUUCAAUGUCACAGCCAAAUGUGGGGAGCCUGGUGCCACUGCUUGUGCUGAUCCAUCGACGCAUUGGAGCUGGGACGGUAUUCACUUGACGGACGCUGCUUAUGGUCAUAUCGCCAAGGGUUGGUUAUAUGGCCCUUUCGCAGACCAACCGAUUGUUCAGUCCUCGUAGCAUUCUGCUUCUAAUGUUGCACCUGUAGAGCGUCUGAAAAUAGUACCCUAAACUGGAGCUGGGAAAGUAGUUCUUCCAUAAAGUUCCAGUGUCAUUACUUGUACUUCCUCGUUCCUAAAUAUAAGAUGUACUCCCUCCGUUUCUAAAUAUAAGAUCUUUUAAAGAUUGUAUUAUAAACUA